UUUGCAAUCACAGAAUCAUUAAUUGACUGAUUCAGUUAUUACUCAAUUGAUUAGACAUUUAUUCCUCAAACUAACGAAAAUUUCAGAGCAGUUUGAGGAAUGAAAAACAUGUUGUUGGGGCAUGAAAAAAUAUUUAGUUUUGAAUUGAAUAAUUUUUAUGGAACGUAAAUGAGACAUUCGGGUAAAAAUUAAAUUCUAUAAAAUUAAUGCAAGUGCAGAGAAAGGGAAAGAAAAUUUAGGCUUUCAAUUUUUUUUUGUUUUUUUCUUGCUAUUCUGACAGUUUGAUAUUUCAUAAUCACCACGUCUCGUGAAUACGCAGAGAGAUUAAUUUUCUCCCUUAUUUUUGCAUCAGUUCUGUGUCUCAGAACUAGACACUUCUUCGUGUUGAAUGUUUCUCGCGUAAAUAAAGAAUGUUCGGAGUUACGACUGAAUGAGUACUGUCUGCAUGAACAACCCUAGAAUUCACAUGACCAAGAAGCACAAAGAACGGUGGAAAAUACGUCAUAUUGCUUAUAUUCCCUCUGUUUUGGGCUUUCUGCCAGAACAUAAAGAGUGAAUAUGUACAAGUCAAAAUUAGAUAUUUCAGAAGCAUCAGAAACUGACGCAUUUUUCCCACAGUUCACUUGUGUCUUCUCCAUGUUCAUGAUAGUGCCGGAUUUUUCUAUUUUUCGGUGUGUGAGAGGUACAAUGGCUGAGAGGGAGAGUGUGGAGGCCCUUUGGGCGAAGAUCAUAGCCACCCUGCAACCCAUUCACGGUCCAACCAACUGUGUCAUGUGCAAAGGGAAAAUGAAGGGCAAGCGGAGCAAAUCCCUGUCCCCAGAGCCAUCGAGCAGUCGAGAUGCGAAAAUUCCAAAGCUCUCGGACUCCUCCGAGACGAAUGGAGAACCGGAGGUCGAGCCGAUCAGUAUUAUGGAGUUCUCCGACGAUGUUUUGCUCAAUAUCAUGACGUAUCUCACUCCUCAGGAGCUAAUGUCACUCAGUUUAUGCUGCAAAAGACUUCACAGUGUCUGUCGAGACCGAACCCUGUGGCGAACAGUUGACUUCCGGUCGAGCCCAAUGCAAAUAAAGGAUCUGAAAAAAUAUGUGAAAUUCCUGCAGCCCCUGACGAGAAGUAUAGCCAUAAACGGAAGGACCCGAGAGUGGGAUGAAGGCUCCCUGGAAGAGCUGAAGAACGACCUUCUCUCCUCCAUCUGUGAGACCUGCAUUAGCCUCAAGGAGCUCAUAAUCGAGGAGUAUGCGAUAAUAAGCACUGAGAUUCGUGUCGUCGAUUUCCCCUCCACCCUCGAAACAUUCUCCCUGAAGGGCAGCAAAGUCUGCAACCUGAUGACGAACAAAUCAUAUUUCUUCAGGAUGGACACUCACAUGCCCAAUCUAACGUGCCUCAUCCUCACCGACUGCCAGUGGGUAACUGGUCACUCUCUACUGGUUAUUAGUAAAAUUCCCAAAUUAAAAGAGUUGAGGCUGAACUCGUGCAAACGAUUGGGUGAGUGCGUGGCAUAUGCUAGUCUGGCGACGAGAUUUGGAUUCAAAGCGUUAGAGAUUUUAGACUUGAGGUGUACUGCAUUCGGUGACAGUGAGAUCCGUUGUUUCAGCAGUACCAAGACUCUGACCCACAUAUACCUAGAAUACUCCCCUGAAUUCUCUGAAAUGCAUGAAAUCAGGGAGCAGAGACCGCGUCCCCUUCCACAGAGGCAUUACGAGGAUAAUCAUGUGGUGCAAUACAUAGCGGCCCCUGAGGACGACUUCUACACGUGGAAUGAUCCGUCGCGUUGUCGAAUCAGCGACGGAUCGAUUUGCGCCCUGGGAAGCUACAUUUGUGAUCGUGGAGUUCUGGACAACUCCAUCAGAGACGUAAUUCGGGUCGAGCCGGAUAUUCGAGUGCUGAAUAAUCCGGACUUGAAAACAUUAGUUGUCAGGAACUAUCCCCUCGUCACGAAUCAAAGUCUGGUGCACUUGGCAGCGAACGCAAUGAGCCUCCAAUACCUCGACGUGACUGGCACGGGCGUAACCCCCGAUGCUGUAGCCACAUUUAAAACACAGAAACCUGACGUCACGAUUAUUUCGUCCUUCGGGUGAAAGUAUCCCGAAAUCAAUUGCAUUCAAAAUUCAAUUUUCGACUGCCAUGCAAAGUAUUUAAAACCACAAAAUCUACUUGAUCAAUUAAUGUAUUAUUUUCUUUCUAGAAACGCAUGGAUUCAACAGUUGUAAGUGCAUACCACAUUGUGUUUGUAAAUAAUAAUGACUUUAUUUACUUUUACACCACUCAUUGUAAGAAUACUGCGCUUGACAUUCGAAAUUUUGGUAAUGGAAUUUUUAAGACUGUUGUUUUCCUUAUUAUUUCUACUUCAUCACUGACUCCAAAAUCUGAAUUCGUAAUUCAAAAGAGAGAUCGCACUGGGAGGGCGAGAUAACGGGGGUCUUCAUCAAUUAAUGUCAGAAAUUGAAAAAAAUGUUUUCAUUGGGGAAAAAUGCAAAAUUGAAAGAAUUCUUUUUUCUUUCUUUUCCAUCGCAAACUGUAAUUUCUGUAUUUCAGUACGCUCUCCCUCCGAUAUACGGACGAGUGCGGCGAAAUACUGCAGGAUGAUUUUUGAAUCUCAAAAACUCUCAGAAAUACUGAUAAACGUGAUAAUUGUUUUUUUUUGGAAAGUACAAUUUUUAUUUUGUGAUGAGCCUAGACUGACCUCAAUGGAUCAAUUUAUAGCCGAGUUACGAAUGUUGAAAAACAAGUAAUAGUGUCUAUUUUGCCCCAUCCCCUCUCAUUCCUCAUAGACAAAUCGUUAAAAAGUCAAAAAAUCCAUAAAGAUAUAUUGCAAAAGAAAAUAUGUAUUGAUUGGAGUUUAAGAACCCGUAUAUGAGUAAAACUCCUGUUAUAUCUACUAAUGGAUAUUUCCAACUAACGAAUGAUAACUCAGAUAUGUAAAGUUUUAUCAUAAUUUCUUUUCCAUUGCACUAGUUAUUGACAAUGAAGUACAUGUAUAUUAUAAUCUAAUUGUUUUAAUGUUCGUAUGUGUACGUUUGGGUUAUGUGUGAUAAAGAUAAUCAUGUUUUUGUGAAAAAUUUAUAUUGUUGCAUCGAAAUGGUAUCACCGAAAUUCGAUAUUAAAUAAUUUUUGCAACGUUAGGAUUUAAUAAUCGAGUGACAACUGGGCUUUGUAAAGAAUUAUUUAAUAAAAGAGGAUAAAAAACAAA